CAUUUCUGCUCUCCAACGAUUCUCUUUUCCUUUCCAAUUCCCUUUUCUCCAUAAUUCUUUUUGAUUAACCCAUAUUUCACGAUUUCGAGGAGAAUUCUGUAAAAGAAUUGCGACAUGAAGAGGCGCCUUUGGAUGAAUUGCUUCUCUUCAGGAUCAGAAACGGAUAUAAGCAGUCGAGAAGAAGGAAAUGAACAAAAUUUUCGCGUAUUCACCUACAACGAACUGAAAUCGGCCACCAGCGGCUUCCAUCCCACGAACAAGAUCGGAGAAGGCGGCUUCGGCACCGUCUACAAGGGCCAGCUCCGAGAUGGCUCGUUCGUGGCUGUAAAAGUGCUUUCAAUUGAGCUUGAAUCGAUGCGAGGCGAGAGAGAAUUCAUUGCUGAAAUCGCCACACUCUGCAACAUCAAACACAAAAAUCUUGUCACCUUCCGAGGAUGUUGUGUCGAAGGAGCUAAAAGAUAUAUAGUCUACGAUUACAUGGAAAACAACAGCCUUGCUCACACCUUACUUGGUGCAAAGCAAAACAGGAUGAGAUUUAGUUGGGAAGCAAGGCGGGAUAUUUCGAUCGGAGUGGCUCGGGCGCUGGCCUAUCUUCUUGAGGAGGUUGAACCCCACAUUAUCCACAGAGACAUUAAAGCCAGCAACAUACUUCUUGAUAGAAACUUUACUCCAAAAGUUUCGGAUUUUGGGCUGGCAAAGCUGCUUAUAGACAGCUCUUCCCAUGUUAGUACUCGUGUUGCCGGCACAUUAGGCUAUCUUGCUCCGGAAUAUGCCGUCAGCGGGCAUUUGACCCGAAAAUCGGACGUUUAUAGCUUCGGCGUACUACUAUUAGAAAUUGUCAGCGGGCGGCCGGUGGUUGAUUUUGACCUUGACUAUAGGGAACAGUAUCUAGUUCAGAAGGCAUGGGAUGCCUACGAGGCCAAUGCCCUUGUAAAAUUGGUGGAUCCUACGCUUGAUAAGAACUUCCCGGAGACGGAAGCCGUCCGGUUCUUAAAGGUGGGUCUGCUUUGCGUGCAAGAAACGGCAAAGCUCCGGCCAGGAAUGCCGGCGGUCGUUGAAAUGUUGGUCAAUGACAGCGUCAAAGAUUCGAAAAUUUAUCCACCUGGGCUUGUUGCUGAUUUCACGAAUAUCAGAUUGCGGCCAACGCAUUCAUCGGCGGGGUCGAGUUCGUCUUUUGGGAUGUCCACGGUGAGUUCAGUCAACCUUGGCCGUUGAAAGCAAUUACUUCACGGGCAGGACAAGAUGGCAUGUUAGAACAUAUUUUGACCGCUAUCGAUCGUCCAGAUUGCAGUUACGUGUGAUGUACGUUAAAAGGAGACCAGUCUUGUAAUUCCAUUGCACAUUCGCAAUGGGUGUGGUUACAGAUUGCAGAUGAAGAACUUGUACAAAAACUUUGUUCUUCAUCAUGUGAUCCUGUGCUUGAGUUGAUGUAAGUGAUUCCAUUGAAAUUUUUCUGUAAUAGUACGAGGUAGUCAUUCUUCAAAAUGAA